AUGGAAGUGAUUCCCAGUUCUGGCGUAAAUUGUAUUGGAGAAUCUAAUUGCCCCAAGCAGGGAUCAAACGCAUCUAUCAAGUGUGAUGGAAUAUCAGACUGCACUGAAGACAUCGUACCAGUUAAAGCAGCAGAGCUCAAAGUUGAUGACUUAACGCUUGAUGCAGGAAGGCCUCUCGAAGAGAGAGACGGUGGAGAUCAAUUUAUUGUCCAAGGAGUCCCUGCUUCAGAUGGCUGCUAUAAUGGAGAUGCAUAUUAUGAUUCUGAUGUUGAUGGACAAAAUUUAUCUUGUGAUUCCCGUAAUUCUGCAGAUGACAACUUAGAUAAACGAGGUGAUUUAGCAGGACCAAACCCUGUCUCUGACAACUCCCAGUUCACUUUGGAUACAGCUGAAAGUGUGCUGCCGCCUAAAAACCAGGAGGGAGAAUCAUCUAAUUUAGAAAUCCGCCUAGAACAAGACGAACCUGUAGCAGUGUGGGUGAAGUGGAGAGGGAAGUGGCAACCAGGAAUUAGAUGCGCAAGAGUGGACUGGCCAUUUUCGACUUUGAAAGCAAAACCAACUCAUGACAGGAAACAGUAUCUUGUAAUCUUCUUUCCUCGCACAAGAAAUUAUUCUUGGGCAGAUGUACAGCUAGUUCGUCCAAUCAGUGAAUUUCCGCAGCCCAUUGCCUAUAAGACACACAAAGUUGGUGCGAAGACAGUCAAAGAUUUGACUCUUGCCCAUCGGUUCAUCAUGCAAAAACUGGCUGUUGGCUUGUUAAAUAUUCUUGAUCAAUUAACUCGCGAGGGUUUGGUAGAGACUGUUCGUAAUGUGACGGUUUUGAAAGAAUUUGCAAUGGAGGCUUCCCGCUGUAAAGGUUAUUAUGAUCUUGGAAGGAUGCUUGUGAAACUUCAGAAUAUGAUACUGCAGCACUGCUUAAGUUCAAAUUGGCUACAAGAUUCUUUGCAGUCUUGGGUGCAACGAUGCCAUGAUGCAAGUAGUGCUGAAUGCAUUGAAAUUCUGAAAGAUGAAUUGGCUGAUUCUAUCAUUUGGAAGGAGGUAAACUCACUAGCAAAUGCAGCAGCACCAGUCGAGCUGGGCUCUGAGUGGAAGAGCUGGAAACAUGAUGUUAUGAAAUGGUUUUCAAUCUCGAAUCCAAUAUCCACUGGUGGAGGCUCAGACCAAUCAAUUAAUGAUAGUCCAUCUUCCAUGGAGCUUCUACUGUGCAGGAAGAGGCCAAAGCUUGAAGUUCGCCGUGCUGAUUCACAUGCAUCACAUGCGGACAUUCCGAGUUUUCAUCAGGCUGUUCCUGUGGAAAUUGACUCUAGUUUCUUUAAUGGCUGUGAUGUUGUAAACAUUGCAUCAUUAGGUUCUGUGCUUCCAAAGCAUGAAAUUUCUAUGGCAGACACUGCUCUGGCAGGGUCUUCGAAUUGCAUGGCUAACAAAUUGGAUAACAUAGUUGUUGAGGCUGCAAACACGGAGGGCAUUCAGUCUAAAGACGUGGAGUUGACUCCUGUUAAUGUUACCCAGAAGUCCUUAGACCCUGGAAGUCAUAAUCGACAAUGUGCUGCUUUUAUUGAAGCUAAAGGAAGGCAAUGUGUGAGGUAUGCCAGCGAAGGGGAUGUCUAUUGUUGUGUGCAUUUGGCUUCUCGUUUUGUUGGGAAUUCAGUAAAAGCGGAAGCAACGCCUCCUGCUGACUUACCAAUGUGUGAAGGUACCACUGUUCUUGGUACUAAAUGCAAACAUAGAGCUCUAACUGGAACUUCUUUCUGUAAGAAACAUAGGCCUCACACUGGUAAAGAAAUGACCCCUCCCGGUGAUAGACUUAAAAGGAGGCAUGAGGAAAGUUUCAUGAGUUCAGAGGUUAAAUAUCCUCCAAAUAUUGUACAUGCUGGAGAAGUUGAAACUUCUGCUCGAGUAGAUCCAUCAUCUUUAAUGAGAAAAGGAGCCCUCCAUGAAAUCAGCUUACUUGAGAUGCCUGAUCAGUCACAACAAGAGCAUAAAAGUGAUGACAUGGUUCACUGCAUUGGGAGUAGUAGCGAACCCUGCUUAGAAAGUCCUAAACGGCAUUCACUAUACUGCGACACACACCUACCAAGCUGGCUCAAACGUGCAAGAAAUGGCAAGAGCAGGAUAGUAUCAAAGGAAGUGUUUAUGGAGCUCUUGAAAUAUUGUGGUUCAAGGGAGAAAAAAUUGCACUUGCACCAAGCCUGUGAACUCUUUUACAGGCUUUUCAAAAGUAUCCUAUCUUUGAGAAACCCAGUUCCAAAGGAAGUUCAAUUUCAGUGGGCCAUUUCUGAAGCAUCCAAAGAUAUUAGAGUAGGGGAGUUCUUGAUGAAGCUGGUAUGCAGUGAAAAGGAGAGGCUGAAGAAGCUCUGGCGAUUUUCAGAUAACCAAAACGUGCAAGCUUCAUCUAUUGAGGAAUCCGUUUCUAAUCCUAUUCUGGUCUGUAAUGAUAAGGAUCAAGACAGUGAAAAUGUCAUCAAGUGCAAAAUCUGCUCAGAUAAGUUUCUUGAUGACCAAGCAUUAGGGACACACUGGAUGGAUAGUCAUAAAAAGGAAGCUCAAUGGCUCUUCAGGGGUUAUGUUUGUGCAAUCUGCCUGGAUUCUUUUACUAAUAAAAAAGUCUUGGAAACUCAUGUUCAGGAGAGGCACCACGUGCAAUUUGUUGAACAGUGCAUGCUUUUGCAGUGCAUUCCUUGUGCUAGUCAUUUUGGGAAUCCGGAGCAGUUAUGGUUGCACGUGCUCUCUGUUCAUACUUCCAACUUAAAGCUGUCAAAUGCUGCUCAAAUGCAAGACCAAGGAUCUUGGCAGAGAGUUGAGCCUAAUAAGUCAGAUCCUGCAGAAAAUAUGAAUUCUGAGAGUCAGUCAGGUAUCCGGAGAUAUACUUGCAGGUUUUGUGGAUUAAAGUUUGAUUUGCUACCUGAUCUUGGACGCCAUCAUCAAGCUGCUCAUAUGGGACCAACUUCCAUUGGUCCUCACCUGACAAAGAAGGGGAUUCAAUUUUAUGCACAAAAAUUGAAAUCAGGGAGACUUACUCGUCCUCGAUUUAAAAAAGGUUUAAAUUCGGUAUCAUAUAGGAUUAGGAACAAAAGUGUGCAAAAUUUGAAAAAACGCGUGCAGGCAUCAAUUUCAAUUAGCCCAGCUGAAAUUACAGUAAAAUCUCAUGCAACUGAGGCUGCCAAUCUCGGUGGAUUAGUGGAUACUCAAUGUUUAGCUGUGGCAAAGCUAUUGUUUUCUGAAAUUAAGAAAACAGAACCACGGCCAAGUAACUCGGAGAUUUUAUUAAUUGCCCGCUCUGCUUGUUGCAAGCUAAGCCUGCAAGCGUUGCUGGAGACAAAAUAUGGAAUAAUUCCAGAACAGGUAUACCUGAAAGCUGCCAAACUGUGCAGUGAGCAUAACAUUCCAGUGGAAUGGCACAAAGAGAGUUUCAUUUGUCCCAAAGGGUGCACACCAACUGAAAGACCACCCCUACCAUCUCUGGCAGUGCACACAGCAGACAGUAUAGUCAAGAUAAAAAAUGCUGUUACUUCAAACUUUGGAACCAAUGAGUGGACAAUGGACGAGUCUCACUGUGUUAUUGAUUCCCGACAUUUCACACAGGAUCUUACAGAGAGAAAUAUUAUUUUAUGUGAUGACAUAAGUUUCGGACAGGAAUCAGUUCCAAUAGCAUGUGUGGUGGAUGAAAGUCUUUUGAAUGCAGAUGCGUCUGAUGGCCAAAUUACUGAAUAUUCCUUUCCUUGGGAGAGCUUCACCUAUGUUACAAAGCCGUUGCACGAUCAAUCCCUUGUACUUGAAGCAGAGAGUUCUCAACUGGCGUGUUCUUGUGCAUAUUCAAGGUGCUCUUCUGAAAUGUGCGACCAUGUGUAUCUUUUUGACAAUGAUUAUGAAGAUGCAAAAGACAUAUAUGGCAAGCCCAUGCAUGGCAGGUUUCCCUAUGAUGAGAGAGGUCGAAUUAUUCUUGAGGAGGGCUACCUAGUUUAUGAAUGCAAUCAGAGAUGCUGCUGCAGUAAAACUUGUCAGAAUAGGGUUUUGCAAAAUGGAGUGCAAGUGAAAUUGGAAAUAUUCAAGACAGAGAAAAAGGGUUGGGCAGUAAGAGCAAGAGAAGCAAUACUUCGUGGCUCCUUUGUAUGCGAGUAUAUUGGGGAGGUCAUAGAUGAACAAGAAGCAAACAAGAGAUGCAAUAGGUAUGACAAAGAAAGUUGCAGGUAUUUUUAUGAGAUCGAUGCUCAUAUUAAUGAUGUGAGCAGAUUGAUAGAUGGGCCAGUUCCAUAUGUGAUUGAUGCGACAAAUUAUGGAAACAUUUCACGUUUUAUUAAUCACAGUUGCUCGCCAAAUCUCGUGAAUCACCAAGUUCUUGUGGAAAGCAUGGAUAGUCAUCUUGCACACAUUGGUCUCUACACCGUUCGAGAUAUAGCUGUAGGCGAAGAGUUGACUUAUGAUUUCCGCUACAAGCUAUUGCCUGGAGAUGGAUGUCCAUGCCUAUGUGGAUCUUCCAAUUGCCGAGGGAGGCUUUAUUAA